CACGCUGUCGCAGUUUUGUGCACGGAUUGCAAAUGAGAAGGUUAGAGAAGACUUGUACAUUACGGUUGAGACCUUAUAUUAAGGUUUCAACAGCUUAAACUGUGACUGGAUUUUGGCUUUUGAUCGGUGUAGAUAUGUGCAUGCAGAUGAAACACUAUGAAAUCACAAAUUCAGAAAUGUUAUAAAUAAUAUGUACAGGUGCAGAUACAAGCAACAAAACAUGCAUACAUCUCAAUUGUUAUACUCCUGCAUAUGGUUUUCAUAUUCUGUGCGCUCACCCUUGUGCUUUUCUUUGUUGAACUCUUUUAGUUAAGGUGCAAAUAAAAGAAAUAGAACAUGUAUAGAUCUCAAUUAUUGUACUCCUGCAUAUGGUUUUGAUAUUUAGUAUGCUCACCCUUAUGCUUUUCUUUAUUGAGCUCUUUUAGCUAAGGCGCAAAUGAAAGCAGUAGAAUCUGUAUAUAUUUCAAUUGUUAUGCUCCUGCGUAUGGCUUUGAUAAUCUGUGUCCUCACCCUUAUGCUUUUCUUUAUUGGACUCCUUUAGUUAUGAGUGGUUUUCUUCGAACAGAUAUGUGAAUUGCGUAAUUUUGUUUGCAUGUGUAUAGAGUAUAGACACACGGAACUUAAAUACUUGCAGAUGUAACGUUGUUAUAGUAUAUGCAUAUGCAAAUAUUAUGAUUAUUUGUAGUUCUAUUGUUUAUUCACAUGUUGUUCAGUGUUUCUCAAUACUAGCUGUAACAUUCUACUGCGUAUCCAUGUUUUUCUUUGUUUUGAUUCGGCUUUCAAUUAAUGCUUAUGCACAGGAUGUCCGUGUCAUCAUCUUUGACGUGAGAGGCGGAGGGCAAGCAUUGCGUUCUAUGGUCAAUAGAAGGACGACCCGUCACCGUGUCCUGGCUCUGCUGGUGUACAUGGGUGUACCGGUCACCCCGGCUCCCAAUCCCUUCAACCGACCUUCCCCGGGCCAUAGCUAUCAUAUCAUCCGGUUGAUAGACCCUUACCAGCCGCGGCUGCAAGUGGAUUUGCUGAUUAGAGAUACUGACUUAUACCUUGUCGCAUUUCGCCGUUCGCUCGAUGGCAAUUGGGGCAUUUGGUAUAGAUUCAGUGAUCAACAAGUCCCUAGCUUUAUUGUUGCUCUUGAUUUGGGUUUCACUUCCAACUAUUCUCGUGAUCCUCGCAGCAUUCCGACAGUAGGUGGUCCCGAGGACAUGGUUUUUAUCUUCAACACCUUGGCACGCCAUGAGGACAGGUUGAGGUUGAUUCCUGCAGUCCAGAGAACUCUGCACAUUGCUACAGUCCGGAGAGCUGUGCAGAAUGCUGCAGUGGUUUUCUGCGAGGUUAUGAGAUUCAUUGCUGUUUUGCUUGAGAUGGUCCGUAGACUGGAAGCAGGGGAGGCCGCCUCUGUGUUGCCUGGGGAGAUGUGGAAUAUGAUUACCUCAGUUUAUCCUUGACAUGAGGAGGUGGUUGGCGUUACCCGCACAUCACUGGGAAAGCCAUGUUAGUGAGGAUGAAAGACAGAGAUUCGAUCAGCUGAUCAACCGUGUGAGUGUCAUCAUCUACAUUCCAGAGUUUUUCACUUCUGAUACACGGCGGCUGACUCGACGGCAGGAGAAUGAGAUGCGCAAUAUCCAGGAUCCAGGUUUUCCCGUUGCAGAUGCUUAGAGCCUGUUUGGCAGCUCUCCGCUCCUGGAGCGGCCAGAGCAUCACCAAACAAGUCAGCUCCACGCUUUCCUCGUCCCGGAGCGGAGCGGUCCGCAGGCCAUUUUCUUGGAGUCCCCAAAGUGUCGCUCCAUGCGCUCCCGUAUUUCGCGGAGCUGGUGAAUGGCCGAACAGGCUCUUAGUGUCAUAUCAAGCUGUUCCAAGUCCUUGAUAUCAAGCUGUUCCAGGUCCUUGAGGGAGUGUCAUAUCAAGCUGUUCCAGGUCCUUGAGGGCUAUGCUGAUCCUAGCGCUAGCACUGCUGCCUAUAAGUAAUUUUGUGUUGUAUUUGCAACUGCUGUUACUAUUAGCAUAGACCAUAUAGGGUGUGGUGUCCCGUGACAUCUUUGUGCUAGGGGUAUUAUGUCUUCUGCUAGUUGAUGUAGUCGCUGAGUUGCGUCUGGUCUUGAUGAUGGAAGAUGAUGGAACGUUUGGGAUAUUCUCCGCUUAAUCCACUUGCAGUAUCUGUAUAUAUCUGUAAAUAAGCUGGAGAUGAUGUCCAUACAAACACCUUUAGUGAGAAGCUUGCAGCAUCUGCAUGUCAUUUUAAUUGUUAUUGU